AUGAGGAAGGCUAAUAUGGUUGUUUUCUAUAGCAAUGCCUCAUUACCAUUUGUGCAUGCACCAUUAACACACUUAUCUUCAGUAAGAAUUGGGGCGUAUGAAGUAGUCGACCCGAAGACUUACAACACGCCCACCUAUAACAUGGCAUUCACAACCCCUACUGAAACAGUUCCAUUAGUCUGCAAAUAUGAUGGUGAGUUUGUGGAGGAGUCAGACAAGAUUAUUUGGAAAGGGGGCUUGGCUCGUUCAAUCUGUGUUAGUCGUUCAAUUGGUUAUUCCGACUUUAUUUUGAAAAUGCAAGAAGUUAGCAUGUCUAACUCAUCACAUAAUGAGAUACACAUUAGGUAUAAACAUCCUGACCCAGAUUUCGGGUUUCUUGAUGUUAUCAAUGGGGAAGAUAUCCCCAUGAUGUUGGGUGUUUUUCCAAGACUUUGCAAUGCCAUUACAGUCUACAUCAUGAAAUGCGAAAGAAGACCUGAGCGGGAACCAACUGUCAGAGAAGAUAUCCCAAGUGAUUCAAGGCUAAGGAAUAGAAGAACUUUAUAUGGUAGGAAGAACAUGAGCUCAACACGCACCACUCAUGGUGCAUCGAUUCCCAAUAGACGUCAACCUCAAUCUGGAGUGAAGGUACACAGGAGAAACAAGGUGAUAGAAAGAUCGAUUCCUCAUUGUACUGCUUGCAAACGUCGAGGACACAACAGGAGGACCUGUGUGUUCAAUUCAUCUGGGUGAUUCAGAAGUUCAGGUGAAGAUUAUGGAGAUUUUCACGAGACUGAAUUUGUUACAGUUGUUUUGUUGUGAUAGGUAUGUUUGUUUUCAGGGUCUUUUGUAUGCUAUUAGUUGAUGAGAUGAACUACUUGUUUUCAAGUACUGUUUGCAUCCCAAUUUUGGUACCAAGUGUUGAAGCAUGUGAUGUUUUAGAAAUGAUGGUGUUUUAGCUGAAUCUCAUUACCAACAACGUUUCAUCACUUUUUUUAACCACGAAUGAAGAUAUUUUCGAAA